UAGAGUGAGAGCUACUACACUUUGGCAGAAAUUUUUAUUUACAGGAUGAAUACCCUCCAGACUCUGUGUCUUUUGGUUGCGGGCCUCUCUGUUGCCCAGUCCUUGGACUACAAGGCACUCAACCAGUUUAGAAGAAUGAUCCUCUGUGUGAUGCCUGACAGCUGGCCUGUUUUUGACUAUGCUGACUACGGCUGCUACUGUGGAAAAGGAGGCUCUGGCACGCCUGUGGAUGAUCUGGACAGGUGCUGUCAAGUGCACGACCAGUGUUACAGCGAUGCUAUGCAGCACCCUGAGUGCUGGCCCAUCAUCGACAACCCUUACACCGAGCUCUAUGACUACAGCUGUGAUAAAAAGAACAGGAAGGUCACCUGCAGCGACGAAAACGACGAAUGUGAGAUGUUCAUCUGCGAGUGUGACAGGAAGGCCGCUGAGUGUUUUGCCAGGUCACAUUGGAACCCCGACCACGAGCACCUGCCCAGCGACCAGUGUCAUUAAAGAUAUCUGCAAAUA